AAAUGGGUGCUAAUGCAUCUAACUACCCUCACUCGUGUUCCCCAAGGGUAGGGGGAAAUUCACAGGCACAACAGACAUUCAUAGGGACAUCAUCCUACUCUCAUCAAGGUUUUGGCUGUGAAUCAAAGCUGUAUAGCCUUGACCAUGGCCACGAGAAACCUCAAGACAAGAAAAAGAAAACCUCUGGCCUUGCCACCCUCAAAAAGAAAUUCAUUAAGCGUCGGAAAUCGAGCCGAUCUGCUGACCAUGCCAAGCAGAUGCGCGAACUCCUCUCAGGCUGGGAUGUCAGAGAUGUUAAUGCAUUAGUAGAAGAGUACGAAGGAACAUCAGCCUUAAAGGAACUUUAUCUACAAGCUAAUUUGGCAAGACCAGAAGCCAGGACGCUACAAAAAGACAUGGCUGAACUUUAUCAAUACAAAUACUGUACUGAUGUAGACUUAAUAUUUCAAGAAACUUGUUUUCCUGUGCACCGUGCGAUAUUGGCAGCAAGAUGUCCAUUUUUUAAGACACUGCUUUCUUCCUCACCAGAAUAUGGUGCAGAAAUAAUAAUGGAUAUUAACACAGCUGGCAUAGAUAUGCCUAUGUUUUCUGCUUUGUUACACUACCUUUAUACGGGCGAGUUUGGAAUGGAGGAUUCGAGAUUCCAAAAUGUUGAUAUUCUUGUGCAGCUUAGUGAAGAAUUUGGAACACCAAAUUCCUUAGAUGUUGACAUGCGUGCACUGUUUGAUUAUAUGUGCUACUAUGAUGUGGUUCUUAGCUUUUCGUCCAACUCUGACCUAGUUGAAACUUUUGGUGGAAGUCAGAGCUGCCUAGAUGAAGAGCUCAGAGCUCACAAAGCUAUUAUUUCGUCACGAUCUCCCUUUUUCCGUCACUUGCUGCAGAGGAGGAUACGAACUGGUGAAGAAAUCACAGACCGAACUCUACGGACUCCAACUAGAAUUAUAUUGGAUGAAUCUAUCAUACCAAAAAAAUAUGCCAAGGUCAUUUUGAACUGUAUGUAUACAGACGUGGUGGACCUCUCCGUUUUGCACUCCAGUCCUUCAGUGGGCAGUUUAAGUGAAGUUCAGGCUCUUGUAGCAGGAAAACUAAACAUGACUAGGGCUGAAGAAGCUAUGGAGCUUUAUCACAUAGCGCUGUUCUUGGAGUUUAACAUGCUUGCACAAGGCUGUGAAGAUAUCAUUGCUGAGAGCAUCUCGCUGGACACCUUAAUUGCCAUUCUGAAGUGGAGCUCUCAGCCGUACGGUUCCAAGUGGGUACAUCGCCAGGCACUGCAUUUCCUCUGUGAGGAGUUCACCCAGGUCAUGACUUCAGAGGUCUUCUACGAGCUCAGCAAGGACCACCUGCUCACAGCUAUUCAGUCUGACUAUUUACAGGCAAGUGAACAAGAUAUUCUUAAAUAUCUGAUUAAAUGGGGAGAACACCAGUUGAUGAAGAGGAUAGCAGAUCGAGAGCCUAAUUUACUCAGUGGUACUGCUCACAGUGUGAAUAAAAGAGGUGUGAAGAGGAGAGAUCUUGACAUUGAAGAGCUGAGGGAGAUCCUGUCUCCACUUUUACCUUUUGUCCGAAUUGAGCACAUCUUACCCAUGAAUAGUGAAGUACUGAGUGAUGCAAUGAAGAGAGGCCUGAUUAGUACUCCUCCUUCAGACAUGCUACCAACAUCAGAAGGUGGAAAGUCAAAUGCCUGGCUGCGGCAAAAAAAUGCUGGAAUAUAUGUGCGGCCAAGACUGUUCUCACCCUAUGUGGAGGAGGCUAAGACUUACAAGAUUGAUCAUCAGGCUCAAGUCUCUAGAACUGGUCAGAAAAAUUUCAACAAAUUUUUUUUUGUCGAAAUUGAAAUGUUUGCAAGACAGAUCUUGAUGAAAUUCCACCGGAAACAAAGCAACGUUCUGAGGGAAACCUCCCUGGUUUCCAGCCAGUUUGCCAGCCCAGCUCCUCGGCAGCCCUCCUGGCAGGCGGAUGGCAAGUCGGUGCUGGAUGAGAUGAUGGUGGAGCAGACCGACCUCGUUCGCCUGCGGAUGGUGCGGAUGUCCAACGUGCCCGACACGCUCUACAUGGUGAACAACGCGGUGCCCCAGUGCUGCCAUGUCAUCACCCACCAGCAAGUCAGCACUAACCAGAACAGCCCUCCCUCAGUUAUAGCCAACGAGAUCCCAGUUCCCAAUCUCCUGGUUGUGAAAGAGAUGAUCAGGCGGCUGCAGGAGCUGCGCCACACGGAGCAGGUGCAGAGAGCCUACGCGCUGAACUGUGGGGAAGGCGCCACCGUCAGCUACGAGAUCCAGAUCCGUGUGCUGCGGGAAUUCGGCCUUUCCGAUGCUGCUGCUGAGCUCCUGCAGAAUCCUCACAAAUUCUUUCCUGAUGAGCGAUUCGGGGAUGAAAGCCCACUGCUGACAGUGAGACAGUCUGGACGAUGUCGUGUCAACAGCACUCCCACUGCAGAAACCAUGUUUACAGAACUGGACUCUUUCGUGGCCUUUCAUCCACCAUUGCCCCCUCCUCCACCUCCAUACCACCCACCAGCAACUCCUCUUCAUAACCAGUUCAAAGUGGGCUGGAAACAAAGGGUGCCAAGUCAACAUCCCUCCCGUUCCUUUUCUUACCCGUGUAACCACUCGCUGUUCCACUCGCGGACCGCCCCCAAAGCUGCAGCUGCGCCGCCCGUUUACCUGCCCGGAGCCAAGGCAGCGCCUCCCGACUGCACCAACACCGCCGCUCUGGGCCGCCAGACGGUGGCGGCAGCGGCGGCAGUGAUGGCAGCUGAGAAACAAGUAUGUACUCAGCCGUUGCUAAAUGAACUGAUGCCAGACAUCGCAAUGGGUGUGUCAGCAAUGUCUUUGAAAGACAGAAGAUUACCAGAGCUCACGGUGGACACAGAGCUAAGCCAGGUGGUUACAGAGGUAGGGCCCGGCCCACCCCAGCACAUUUCAUGUAUUCAGAACAGACACUUGCCUACUUCUCGGAAAAAACAUGCAAUAGAGCAAAAAAUAGAUGCUCGAGAAAAUCCACAGGAAUAUCCUGACUUCUAUGACUUCUCUAAUGCUGCAUGCAGACCCUCUACUCCAGCACCCAACAGGCACAGUCCUUCACCUUCACAAGGCAUUUAUUUUGGCCCAGAUUUGUACAGCCACAAUAAGGCAUCACCAAGUGGCUUAAAGUCAGCCUAUCUACCUUCCCAGAUAUCUCCUAAAAAGCAAGAGGAUUCUAGGAGGGAAUACCUGCUCUCGCAAGAUGGGCAUCAACACAGGCAAAAGAAUGAGCCAAUACACCUCGAUGUCUUAGAACAACCUCCCCAGAGACUGGACUUGGCACUGGCUACCCAGGAAAAUGCUGGGAGUGGCCCUGUUCACGUCAGGGGAAGAGCAAAAAUGGAAACAGAUUUAACCUUUGGGCUAACCUCCACCAGACCUUCGCUUUCUGCGUACAGCUCUGACGUGCCCGAAGAGAGACCCAGUAGGAGACUGGCAGAUGAUGAGCCAUUGGAACAUGGAGCACAGAGAAAUGCAGAUUUGGAAAGGGAAGAUGGAGUAAGCAGAGGAAGGAGGUCUCCGAACAAACCAGACUUCCUGUACAAAAAAUCUGCCCUAUGAAAGCAACCUCCACUAUUUCUCUGUGCCUAAGAGUUGUCAACAUCCCAUUCCUCGCAACUUCUGGCCUGACUUCUGUCAGAGAAAUUCUUUCAUGCCAGCAGAAAAAUUCAGCUUCGCUCACUUCUUCUGUACAUACAUUGCUUUAUUAGACACAGCAUGUUAUCAGUUUGGUUUUAAUGCUGCUUCUGGGUUUAUUUUGUUGCUAUUUUUUUGGAGCAGAUUUAAUUAAGCCUUUUAAAAAAACAGAAACUGGUACCUUUUUUCUACAACAUGGUAGCCUUUUGCACCUGUACAUCUAUUUUAGUGUAUUAGUUUUGUACUAAUAUGUUAAACUUUAAUGUCACAUUUAAAGGACUGUAUUUUCAUACUUUUGCAUUUACCCUUUCACAUGCCGAUUCCCUAUGUGCAUUGGGUUGCACAUGAUGAAAUGUAUUUUCUUAUGAGAUAAUAACAAUGUGUUUAUUUUUUAAUUAUAGGAAUUCCAAAGAACAGCACAUCAAAAAAACUACAUUUUUAGUUGGAAUUUUUUCGUUUGUUUGUUUAGAUUGAAAUCUUCCUGAUUUUUACGACUAUGGCAAGAAUCCAAUCUAAUAUUUUGUUUGAAAAGUUCUGGCAGCUGGUUUUAUCUUUAUAUAGAUAGCAAACCCACUUCAAUAAUUACAUUUGGGGUUUUAAGAAUUCAGAGGGAUAUUUAGGAAUCCAAAUUCCUGUGAAAUUCACUUGAGUAUGACAGUAUGAGUCUGUUUACUUCUGUUUUGGCUGUGACCAUGGAGGACUCCAUGAUCACCUAGAAGCAGGAAGCACUUCCUAGACAGACAAGAAUUGCUGAUUUGCCCAUUUAGAAAUAAACCUAGAAAUACUGUAAAAAUUACAGUAAUUACUUGUUCUUCCAGCUGCUCACGCGUGGGUAAGCGAAGACCAGGUGAGGGGAUUCCUGCUGGCUCGUGGAGUGUCAGGAAGACCAGGCCCGGAACCUUGGCUGUUGCCUGAACACGUGGGAGGGUUCCCUCCCCAGCAGUGCUGGGGUGACAGCCCAUGGCCUUGCUUUCUGCUGCCUGUGCUUACAAAAGGGCUUCACUCUCAGUGACGUCUUUCAGUGUUCCUUACAUGGCCUCACGUGGUGCUGGCCCCACAGGUGCAGCUGUUCUGUGAGCAGAAUCUAAGUGAAGAGUCACUGCUUCAGCAUCGCCACACGUGUGAAGCUUUGGCACUUUUAAAUUACACCUCCAUUGCCUGAUUUGCUUUUGGAAAGCACAGAAAUGAGAUUCCCCUGUUAACAGGAUUUGAGGAGGGAAGGAUGCUGAUCUGGGCUGCUUCCUCUCACUGGGGUGGGGUUCAGCAGAGCACGGGAAGGGUUACAGUUAUGAAGUACAUUCUUAAUACUGUGCAGUUUUAACAACAACUUCAUUGCAUUCAGGAUACAGAUCUGAUGCCACUGCAGAGUAGUGAUUGCUGGUGAAGUCCUGUUUUGGGGGGUUUAAAUGCAGGUUCUCUAAUGAGUUUCCCUGUAGCAGAAAACUAGUCCCAGGUGUGACGUAAGGACUGCUUUAAGGUUAGAUUGAAUUGUUUCCUGCAGCUCAAAGUGCUUGAUACUGUUUAACAGAAAUCUUGCUGCAACUUUUCUUUUGGUUUUAGUUGAUGGCAGAUUCUUACCUAAUGUGUUUCAUUAAAGUAUGAAGGGCCUGGUAACAACACGGUGUUACUGAAAUAUAUUGAAUACUGCAUUUCCAAAUUACCAAAUAGCUUCUCGAUAAAUGAAGAUAUGGGUCUUCAAACCAGUAAAGUCUGUGUCUCCUGCAGACACAUCUAUAUAGACCUGCUUCCAUGGUAGUUCUGCAGGUGCUCCUUUUGAGAUGCAGCCAUGGAAAGCAUGGUGUAGGACUGGAGCAGAAACUUGCCUAAACUCUGCAGGUGAUGUGUCUUGUGGGUGAGGGGAGAUUUUUUUCUUUUCCUCUGUCAGCAUUUUUUAUCUUGUUUUUUUGCCCAGUCAAGGCACUGGGUGGUCCUGGCUUCAUCACCCAUCUGUGGGAUUUUCUUGGGACUCUGGUGUAGAACAUUGUUAAAUACAGGAAGGUGUCAGUGGGGGGAUGGUGCUGCUGCAGGUUAAGGGGCUGAGGCUGUUGGGCUGAAGAUGUGAGCACAGUGCUGUCUGACUGCACACACGAGUCUCAUCCUUACCAGCAUGAGACCAGCUCAUUGGAACCAGUAACUUUCAGCAUGCACAAGAACCCUGAAACUCCCUGGACUUGAAGGGAGUGUGUUGGCAGCUUAACUACUAAAAAAUUACAGCUGUCCUCAGAAAACUUACUAUUCUCAAUAUUUUUGCCUAAAACUGAUAGAUAUACUUCAGGAAAACUAUUUUGAUUAUUAUAGUUUGAUGUGGCACUGUGUACUUGGGCAGAGGUGGG